AUGUAUUGGAGAGUAAAAGGAGCCGAAGGAGACAUCGGUUACUGUAACAAAGACAGGAAAUGUUGGAAAACGGAAAGUCAGCUUCUGGAAGACAAGAGGAUUCAGGUUGUAAGCAUUUCCAGUAGCAGCUUGAGUAUAAAACGCACCUUACCACAGAAAACAACAGGUCACAAUGUGACCAUUGAAUGUCAAGUGCACAAAACUGACAACACCAUGGAUAUAUCUGAAGUCACGAUCGUUUAUUCUUUAGAGUGUAAGUAAGACUAUUCACAGAGUUUUUAAUAAUAAUGAUGAUGAUAAUGAUAAUGAUAAAUUGAUAAUGAUAAUGAUAAUGAUAAUAAUAAUGAUAAUGGUAAUAAUAAUAAUAAUAAUAAUAAUAACAAUAGUAAUAAUAAUAAUAAUAAUAAUAAUAAUAAUAAUAACAAUAGUAAUAAUAAUAAUAACAAUAAUGAUCGAUAAAAUGGUCAUACAGGAUUGCCAUCGAGGUAAACGGAACUUAAGCAUGGCUUGGGUGGAUGUUAAGAAUGAGUAUCCGUUGAUCAAGUGGCCAAACGAGGUUAUGGAAUUACACCGGUUCCCCAGAUAGCUCUGUAGGGCGAUCCAAAACCCCUGUGCAAGCUGAAAUACCAGAAUCGCAGUUCCUACAAAGCAGAGGAAUGAGACUUCUUCGACCAUCAGAUUCAGCUGGGGUCUGCCCGAGGAAAACGCACUUUGCCUGCGUCUCGUCACUUUAUGUCUAAAACCCGCUUGCCUGGAAACUAAAUGUUACCAAGGGAUGAGGCUUUCUAAGCUUAUAGGGACUAAGGUGACCCACUGGCUGUAUGUAGACGACCUUUAAGUAUUCGCUUCUUAGAUCAAGCUAAGCAGGGUACUACGAUCAACUAGGAUAGGUUAAUACUCAUCUCCACGUUGAUACAUUAUGAUUCAUACAAAAGUAAUUCUCUACAAUGGGAGGAACAGCAAGUUAAGCCCUGAGAAUGGUGAUUAGAGUUAAGCACUGAUCAAUACUGAUUAGGGUUAAGCCUUGAGAAUAGUGGUUAUAGGGGUAAGCACUGACUCGAAAAACGGUUAACUUCUAUUUAGGGUUAAGGUUGGUGCUAUAUACUUCCAACUCAAACCACUUCUUCCCAGCAAAUCCUUGGUAAUCUAGUGGUUUGGGGGGUGGACUACAGAUUCCAUUCUCCGGAAUCGAAUCCUGCUAGUGCCAUGAUGAUCCUGGAAUUUUUUCCCUUAAACUAUUGAAGAGACUUGAACUUUCAUGAACAUUUUAUCAAGCAGGAAUUUCAAGAGACAUAGAAAGACAUAGAAAUUUCAUGUUGGAAAAGGGAAAUUUCUUGAGAGAGCCACUGAGAGGGAAAUGUUCAGUUUGGAGUAUGGAGAUGAGUGCUAACCUCCAGGAUGUGGGCUAGAAGUGUAAUCCAAAUGAGCGUAGAGUUAUCUAUGUCAGAAAGGGCAAGCAAGUUGAAUAUGCAGCAAACCUCAAACUGGACGAGACCACUCUGGUCGAGAAACUUAAGACUGAGACCAAGUGCAAGCUCCUGGGCCUGAGAGAGUCCGUGAUGGAAGACGAGAAAAUUAGCACUUACAGUUGCAGCAAAGACUACUUGCAAAGGCUCUCAAUAAUCUGGACAGGCCCUCUGUCCGACACCAACCGCGUCGAGGCAACAAACCAGUUCGCCUUCCUUGUCUUGACGUACCCCAUGUGGACCCAACAAUGGCCAUUGGGAGAGCUGCAAAGCAUUGAUAGAGAGACAAGAAAGUUGAUCAGUGAGAAUGGUGGGCCCUCUUAGCUCUACUGCUUUGCUCAAGAAGACCUCAAACCUGAAAAAGCAACUGUCGUCGAGAAACUUAAGACUGGCGCCAAGUACAAGUUCCUGCGUGUGAGAGAGUCCGUGAUGGAAGACGAGAAGUUAUCACUUACACAUUUACAGUUGCAGCAAAGAUGUACUUGAAAACGCCCUCGUUAAUCUGGACAAGCCCUUUGUCCGACGCCAGCCGCGACUUAGGGCAACAAACUCGUUCGCCUUGCUCGUCUUGACAUACCCAAUGUGAACCCAACAUUGGCCAUUGGGAGAGUUGUAAAGCAUUGAUAGAGAUUCCUUAGGAUUUCUUUUUUAUUGCACCAGUGUAGAUUCAACUCGUUAUCACCUUUUUAGUGUUGAAUUUCUCUAAAACAGCAUACUAGCCUACGUUUUGCGACCUGUGUGGCUAAUUUUCAAAGCAUGUAUACGUUGUAAACUGCUAUAAUAAUUUUCAUCAUUGUCAUAAAUCAUAACAACAAUUAUGUUUUUCCUGCCCAGGCGGAAUAUUCUUGUUUUUCUGCCGAUUUUAGGCAGAAAAUAUUAUUGCAUUUUUCUUCAAAAAGAAAGAAUUUGUUUUAAUGAUACUUUUUUGCGCCUUAAUUCAUUUAUUUUCUUCGUGGUGUAUACUGUAUGUAUUGUUCAUCCAAGUCAUUUAUUGAACACUUGGCAAUAGCUAUAGUGCAGGUAUUUUUCGUUUUCUUAGCAAGUUAUUGUGAUACGGUAUUAGUUAGGUAAGUAAUAUAUAAUCAGUCGCUGAAGCAAGGACUGCGGCCAUCGUGUUGUCUUACCUGCUUCUCACACAAAUCAACUUGCCAUACACCGUGGUCAGUGAUAAAAAAUUUAAAGCCGCUUUCAGGGAAAGCUUAUGGAAGACGUUUGUGAUUUCCAAAAAUUUCUGAAGCCAGGAUUGUUGCUCUCGAGGAGUUGUCUACCUGCAUAGACAAAUCAAUUUACCAUUCACCGUGGUCAAUGUUACGAAUUAAAGUCACUUUCGGGGACGGCUUAUGAAAGACGUUUGCAAGUUCCGAAAAUUUCUUUAAUAGAACAGGGUUAUCUUUUAAUGAGAAAAACAUCCCGUUAUAUCUUGAGUUUGCUUAGGAACAGGCAAGUGAUUUUAACACGGAUCAAGGUAUCUACGUUUUAGCUUCAUUUGAAACAAGUAUUGGAUUAAUUUUCUUGAGUUUCAUUCCAGUAAUUAAAAUGUUAAAAAACCACGCUACUGUUGUUUUUGCGAAUCCGACUGACGUAAAGUUACGAUUUAGAGUUUUAGAAAGAUAGCAAAUAGCGUGACGUAGCCACUUAAUAGGAAUCUCUAAGAUUAUGCUAACUGAUGUAAAUUUCUCCUUUCUCAGCCGCUUUACCAAAGGCACCAAGAAAUGCUUCUGUCAAUGUUGUGAAGGAAACUUAUGCAGAGAUAAAGUGGGAACGUUCACCUGAUGACAUUGAUGGAAAGUUAAGAUAUUCUGUGGACUGCUUCAGAUGCAAGUCCAGGAAAUACAACGAAUGCAAUGAUUCUUGUGGUUCAAGUGUACGGUACAAACCAAAUAAGGACAACAUCACAAAUGGUACUGUGACAAUNGAAAUGCUUCUGUCAAUGUUGUGA